GGCGUGUUUUGAGGAGCGCCGAAUAUAGCCAAAUACCAACUUAGAUGUAGCAACCCUAAAGAUUCCGACAAUCAAGUUAAGCAUGGCAUUUUAUGCACAUGUUACGUCCAGCUGUUGUAUGUUUUGAGUGUGGUUUUAAAAACCACGUGUACAAUGGAUGUAGUAUUCUUUGAUGAACGAGAAGAUGUUCAAAAGAAAACUUUUACCAAAUGGAUCAAUUCUCAGCUUGGAAAGGGAAAUCAUCCAUUAGUAAAAGAUUUGUUUUAUGAUUUAAGAGAUGGGACCCGUCUCUUAAGCCUUUUAGAAGUCUUGUGUGGUAUAGAACUGAGGCGAGAAAAAGGACGCUUAAGAGUUCAUCACCUUAAUAAUGUAGGCCUUGCUUUGAAAGUUUUGAAAGAUAAUAAUGUAAAGCUUGUUAACAUUAGUACAAAUGAUAUUGUGGAUGGUAACACCAAGUUAACUUUGGGAUUAGUAUGGAGUAUUAUUUUACAUUGGCAGGUGCAUGGUGUUCUCAAAAGUGCAUCCAAAGAAUUACCACAGACAAAUUUAGAAAAAACACUAUUGGCAUGGUGUCGUGAUGCAACAAAAGGCUAUUCUGGGGUAUAUGUGCAUAAUUUCACAACAAGUUGGACAGAUGGUUUGGCAUUCAAUGCCAUUAUCCAUCGGUUUAGGCCACAUUUGUUUGAUUAUGAAAGCAUAUUAAAAAAAGAUGUGAAUUCUCGUCUAGAACAUGCUUUCCAAAUUGCAUAUAAGAACCUUGGGAUUGAUAAAUUACUAGAUCCAGAGGAUGUGAAUACUAGUCUCCCUGAUAAAAAGUCUGUGAUGAUGUAUAUAAUGUGUUUUUUCCAAGCGUUACACAAUCAAAGCAUACCUCUUAGAAGAUUGGACUCUGUUGACCUAUCAGAUGAAAAUGUGGAGUCUAGUCAUCUAAAUUAUAAUAGUGAUAUCACUUCUUACCAAUCUGCAUUAGAAGAUGUUUUAACUUGGCUUUUAAGUGUUGAGGAAAAACUAAUGGAAGAAAAGCCAGAAUGUGAUAGUGUUGAUAGUGUGAGAAGACAAUUUAAUGAACAUGAAUCUUUCAUGUUAGAACUCAAAAAUCAUUCUCAAGCUGUGGAGGAUGUUUUGUUUAAUGGCAACCGUCUCCUGACACAAGGAAAAGUAAAUGCUGCUGAGCAUGAAGAAAUUGAAGUACAAAUGCAACUGUUAUAUAACCGAUGGGAAGAUCUCAGAUCAAAAGCAUUAGAGAGACAGAAUGAGUUGCACAAAAAAUUGACAGAUAUGCAGAAAGCUCACUUAGAAAAAUUAAAUAAAUGGCUCGAUGAAAUGGAAAAUAAACUAAACCAUUUACCACCAUUAGGACCAAAUUUAGAAACUAUAAAGAAACAAGUUGAAAUGCAAAAGAAUCUGCAAGACGAAGUUAAGGGAAAACAAGAAGCUGUAAAUUAUCUUCCUGAAAUAGUAGUUGUUAUUGAUGAAAAUGGUAGUCAGAGCGAUUAUGCUACUCUUGCCAAACAGUUAUCUACAAUAGCAGAAAGAUGGUCUAACAUCUGCCAGACAGUGAAAGAUCGAAGUGAAUUGUUGCAAACAAUUGUACCCCAGUGGCAACAGCUGGAAGAUGAAGAGUUAUGUUUCAGCCAAUGGCUUCAUCGAAAGGAACAACAACUUUCAACAAUUGGUCAAAAAUCAGGAUCUGACAGUCUUUCAUUGCUUGAACAAGUGAAGCUUCUCCAGUCUGUGGAGCAAGAUCUGGAUAUUCAUCACCGAUUGUUUAAUCAACUUACUGAGAGAGCUCAGAAAAUUAAAGAUAAACUUGAUAAAGGAUCUCUGGGUGUUAUCGAAAUUACCGAAAAGAUUGAAAAACUUACACAGAGGUGGGAUUCACUUGUGCUGUUGAUGGAAAGUCUCAGUAAAAAGUUAUCAAGUAUGGAAGAAGAUGUUGUGACAAAUAACAAGAAUGAGGCAAGUUAUGAACAAUCUUCUCAGUCCCUCACUAGCCAAGAGGAUAGUGAUCAAGGAGGUGCAAAAAAGCGACGUUUAGACAGCUGGCAUAUGAAGGAAUGGUAUCAGAAUUUUGAAAUUAUCAGUUUAUGGCUAGAUCGUAUUGAAUCCUCUGUUGGCUUAGCAGCUUAUGAAAGCUCUGGGAAUGAUGUUUCACCAUGGGAUACGUUAUCUCUUGACGAUCAACAACUUCUUUUAGAGGAAACAGAGGCUGAUUUUAGAAUCCAAAAAGGGAAAAUAGAAAAGUUCAUUUAUGAAGGUCAACAGUUCAUAAAAGAUUUAGAAUCAAAAGGUCAGAAUCCACAAAAAAUUAAGAAGAUUCUCUCUGAAGUGGAGCAUCGUUGGAAAAUGCUUGUAUCUUCAGUUGAAAAUCAGAAGCGGAACGUCCAAUUGCAAGUGGAUGCCGACCGUUUGAGGUGUGAGAAAGAUGCCCUUGAACUAAUUCUUAAUUCACAUUACCGAUGGAUGGAAUCUGCAGAGCGUUCUCUUCUUGAUGCAAAACCUGAUGAGAGCAGAAGAUUAGCUGAGCAGUGUAAACUUCGCCUUAAGUCUUUGCAAGCCCAGGAAGAAAAAAUUUCAAGGUUGAAGAGAGAAACGAAUGAAGCUAAAAAGAAAUCUCCUGCCCUCAUGUCCUUUGCCGUUGAGGUUGAUCAGUUUUGCAAAGACUGGGAAGAUAUGUCUGGGAGGUUAGCAUCAAUGGAGCGCAGCUUAAAUCAUGAAAUGCUUCAAACCCCACCAUUGAAAUUAAUAAAUGCUGCCAAGGCUCUUGACGCAUGGUUGGUUGAUGUGCAUCAAGCUUUGUUGUCUGAAAAGAUUCUUGUGUCUGAAAUUGAAAAUAUGGAGGAAGAACUAAAGAAACUAAAGGAAAUACAAUCUACUGUUGAAGAGGAAGAGCAUGAUCUGCAUUUUGUUAUCACUACAGGAAAGAAUCUUUUAGAAUCUGAUUCUGGUGCUCUGUGGGCUAAUGAUUUAAGGCAACAACUUAAACAUUUAGAAACCACUUGGUCAGAAGUUUGUAAAGAAAUUCAACUUAAAACAGAGAAAUUAGAAAAAUAUAUUUCACAACUUCAACAGCUUCAGAAUGAAGUUGCUGGUCUCAUCAGCUGGAUUCAAGAUGUAGAUAAGUUUUUAGUUGCUGAAGAUGCAGCUGUUGGUGAUACAAGCAUAUUAGAAGCACAAUUAGAACAGAGUAAUGCACUGCAAGAUGAUAUUAAAAAGCUCGAGCCUGAUGUAGAACAAAUAGAGAGAACUGCUAAAGAGCUUAUAGAAAAUGCACAGGAUUCUCCCUUUAGUUAUGAACUCAGGAAUAAAAUGUCUGAUUUAAAAUCAAAAUGGAAGAAGGUUGUAGAAGAAGCAAAUAGUAAGAAUUGCAAAUUAAAGAAUGCUCUUCAUGGAACUCAAGAAGUUAAAGAAAAAAUUACAGACCUAAGUUCUUGGUUGCAGAAAUUAGAAACAGAAAUUCCAGAAGAUGGGCCAGUUUCAAAUUCUUCAGAUUUGAAUUCAAAAAACAAGAAAUUUCAAUUUUUACAAAGUAAACUAGAAAGUAAGCAGCAAGAAUUUGAGAAACUCACUUCAACUGUUCAGAAUAUAGCUGCCAUGGAAAAGAAUAAUUCUUUUGAAGAAUCAUUGCAAGAAUUUUCACAACUAAAUUCUAAAUGGAAUGAAAUUUUUUCACAAGUUAAAGAUUCAUCUGCAAAAUAUAAAGAAAUAGCAACAAAAUACAGUGAAUUUUGCAAUUUAGUAAUGAGAGAGAAUGAUUGGCUGGACAGGCUGGAAAAGAAACUUAAACGAUCUCCAGAGUCUGCGGCAGAUGCUGAAGAAAUUUCCGAAAAUUUAGAUGAUUUGGAAAAUUAUUUGAGACAUCACCCAUCAGAAAGAAUUACAAAAAUUCAGAAUAUUGGCCAGUUUUUGAUUGAGAAGGGUGUUUUGAUAGAUCAAAUAAAUCAAGAUGUAAAAACUGUUACUAAACGUUUUGAAGACCUCAGUAGACAGGGUCGAGAAAGGCAGCAAGUAUUAGAGAACAGUAUUGCAGAAGCUCAACAAUGUGAGCGUCACAUUUUGACUGUGCAAGCUUGGAUUUCACACAUUGAUACUGUCCUGCAAAACAGACUAGAUAAUGACAUAUCUUCUCAAGAUGUGCCUGAUGAACUUGCACAAUUAGAAGCUGAGUUUUCUGAAAAAGAAGCCAGUAUAAAAGAUUUAGAAGAAGAUGUAGAGCGUUACAGAUCCCGAGGACGUAUGGAAGCUGCUCAUCGGCUUGAAGAACAACUUCGAUUAGUAGAGCAAAAAUUUUCUGAAUUACAAGAAAAGUUUAUCAAGUUCCAGAAACCUAGUGAUUUUGAAGCAAAACUCAAUCAUGUGGGAAAUAUGCUGAAUGAAGUUGAAGAUGGUUUAAAUUCUAUUAAUCUGUCAGGUGAAGACUCAGAUUCUGCUGAAAGCCAGUUAGAAAAAUGUUUGCAAUUGUAUAAAGUUCUCAGUGAAAUGAAGCCAGAAGUGGAACAGUGUAUUCGUCAAGGGAGGCAGAUAGUUGAUUCAAAGCAGUCUGCUCAAUUAAAAGAGCGUUUAGACUUCUACAAGAAUAAAUACAAUCUUCUUGGUUCUAAGGUAACAGAAAAUAGAUCAAUUUUAGAAGAGGCUGUAAGAAAGGGUAACAGUAUAGAAGCUCAACUUUUUCAUUUUCAAGAAUGGCUUCAUUCAGCGCGAAUGAAAGCAGAAAAAGCAGCGCCAGAAAAGGCCAAGAGUGUUGGUGAUUCUGAAAUACAACUUUGUAGUGAUAUUCUUUCUGAGGUUAGAAUAGAAAAUUUUGUGGCUUUAAUUGAGGAUUAA